CCUUUGCGCAAAAUACGUAUUUUCAUUUUUUUCUUCAGGCAGCACUUAAAAUCAACCAUAGACUAAUAGUAGACUUGAUUAAUUUGUUCUGUCAGUUGUCAAACAAAUCUUUUCUUUCUGACCCAGCCAAGAUGGGUAUCAGCCGUGAUCACUGGCAUAAAAGGAGGGCUACUGGCGGUAAACGCGCGCCUAUCCGCAAGAAGAGGAAGUAUGAGUUAGGUCGCCCGGCUGCCAACACCAAGCUUGGCUCACAGCGUAUCCACUUGGUGCGUGCUCGUGGAGGUAACAUCAAGUACCGUGCUCUACGUCUUGACACUGGAAACUUCUCGUGGGGCUCCGAAUGCUCAACCCGCAAAGCGCGUAUCAUUGACGUUGUAUAUAAUGCAUCCAACAAUGAGUUGGUGCGUACUAAGACACUUGUUAAGAACGCAAUUGUUGUGGUGGAUGCCACACCAUUCAGGCAGUGGUAUGAAUCACACUACCUCCUGCCGCUCGGUAGAAAGAAGGGUGCCAAGUUGACUGAAGCGGAAGAGGCCAUUAUUAACAAGAAACGGAGCAAGAAGACAGCAAAGAAAUACCUGUCAAGACAGCGCCUCUCAAAGGUUGAGGCUGCCCUUGAAGAACAAUUCCACACUGGACGUUUAUUAGCGUGUGUAGCGAGCCGGCCAGGCCAGUGCGGUCGCGCCGACGGCUACGUACUUGAAGGAAAGGAGUUGGAAUUCUACCUGAGAAAGAUCAAAUCCAAGAGGGCGAAGUAGGGAGUUUAAUGUAUAAAUAAAUGCAAAAACACA